AAUUCCCCGAAGCCCGCCGCUUAGUCAUAAGUCGGCGUGAACCCGCCUCCCCUCGUCAGUCACAGGAAAUCCCGCGGAAUUUGUGACCUCGAUUACCGCGUUCAUGCGUACACCCGCGGAAUUCGUGUUCUCGAUUCAUCACACCAGCGAUCCCACUGCUUCCUUUCCAACACAUCCGUUUCAUCAGCGGCAUUCUCGCAGCGAAUCGCCUUCUGACACAGGAUCCUAAGCCUCUCGAGGCCUUCGCAACUCCGGUUAUCGAGCAGCGGAAAUAGUCGCGUAGUUAGACUUAGCUAGUCGCGCAUGGCUUCGGCUACGCUUGUCCUUCGAGCGGGGCUUCCCAUCCCUAGUACCCACGCGAUUCCGUCGAAGCCAGCGUGUGUCCCUGCGCCUGGGAAUUUGCCACGUGUCGCUGUUUCCAGAUCCCAUCUGUUCCAGCACAGCGACCGUCGCCUAGCAAAAGGGAAUCACUUAGCUUUCGAGCAGCAACGCGUUUCUGAAACCUUUAGAAGGCAUGGCUGUCCUGUCUUCGCACCACUGUCCUGUCUUUGCCCGUCAACGAGUCAACGACAAGUCGGCUCAGAGAUUCGUCGGCGCGGGCUUGUCGUCGUCCGGGCUGUCAGCAGUAGUAACGGUGAAACGCCAAAUGAAGCCUCGAGAUUGCCGAGGUCGCCGUUUACCUCCACGCCUCCGCUUGCAACGAAUGCUGUUCCGGUCGCACAAGCAGCCAUUCCCGCACAACCACGGACACCCGCACACCCAGUCCACGUCCCGGCAGCGACAUUCUUAAAACAACCCAACCUAUGGCUUCUGGAGUUUUCCCUAUUCUUAGCGACACUGAGGUCCGUAACGCUCGGCGCGCUCGCGACCGUACUCGCUCCUCUCCGCUCCGUCACCCUCCCGUCCCCACGCGCCGUCAAGCCCGCGUUUCUCACCCUCGCCGUCUGCCUCCUGCUCGCCGCGUCGCUCCCCAGCGUCGCUCACGCCGCGAAAUCUGGCGGACGCGUCGGCGGAUUCUCCUCCUCCUCAUCCUCCUCCUCUUCGCGCUCCCGCUCGCAAUCGCGCUCCGGCCCGUCGCAGUCUUAUUCCUAUUCUAAUCCUUCCUCCUCUUCCGCUUCCCGUUCCCGCCAUUAUUCCGCCAACCCCUCGCGCAACUUCUUCUUUGCGCCAUCCGCGCCGUUCUUUGCGCCUUCCCCCUUCUUCGGGGGGUGGGGGAGCGGAUGGGGCGGGGGGUGGUCCCCGUUCGCCCCGCGCCCCGCUGUGACGAUCAACGUGGGCGGAAGGGGAACCGGAGGGGGCGGGUUUGGGACGGUGGUUAAUCUCCUGGUGUUUGGAAUGGUGACGUACGCUUUAGUGCAAACGGUUCGGGGGUUUCUGGGGCAGUGGGAGGAGGACAGGGAGUUGGAGGAUGCAGAGCGGUGCAGUGUGGUGCAGCUACAGGUUGGGUUGCUGGGGUCAGCAAGGAGACUUCAAGCUGAUCUGGAGAGAAUAGCAGACAGGGCGGAUGUGACUACACCAGAUGGGCUGCACUAUUUGCUGCAAGAGACCAUCCUUGCUCUACUGCGCCAUCCAGACUACUGCGUCUACGGCUUCUCCUCUUCCGCUGCGUACCCUGAUGCCAACGCUGGCGAGACGGCAUUCAACCGAGCGAGCAUGGAGGAGAGGAGAAAGUUCCAGGAAGAAACGGUGGUCAACGUGGGGGGGAGGGUGGCGAGGAGAAGGAGAGGCAACCACAUGGUGCAGCAGGAAGGGAGCUCCACGGAAUACAUUGUGGUGACCAUUACAGCAGCGUGUGAGGGAACCUUUAAUCUGCCUGAAGUAAAAUCUGCAGCUUCCUUGAAAGACGCUCUAGCAAAGCUGGGUUCAAUCCCCAUCGACGAGCUACAGGGGGUAGAGGUGCUCUGGACGCCCCAGGACCCAUCGGAUUCUUUGGCAGCUGAUGACAUUCUGAGGGACUAUCCUACCAUGCACACCCUCUAGUUAUGUCCAACCCUGCCAUUUUACGGUACGCUUCAAGGCAUCUCUAGCAACUGGAGAAGGGGGAUGAAGUGCUCUGGACGCCCCAGGAGGACCCAUCUGAUUCUUUGACAGCUGAUUAUAUUCGGAGGGACUAUCCCACCAUGCGCACCCUCUAGUAAUGUAUAACCCUGCCCUUUUACGCUUCAAGGCAUCUCUAGUAACCCGAGCAGGGGGGUGAAUGAAAGUGCUCUGGACGCCUCAGGACCCGUCGGAUUCUUUGACAGCUGAUGACAUUCUGAGGGACUACCCUGCCAUGCGCAUGCUGUAGCUUGCAGUCUUUGCAUAUACACGAUUGCUUAGGCGCUUUAGAAUCAUGUGUGUGCUUUAUCGUGCACUCCUCAUUUGUAGAGCAUCAACAUCACUACAAAUGGGCUGAUCAACAUCAUUUUGUUGAUCAUCAAAAUCAACGGCC